UCUAAAUCAGUUACUGGUUGACACUCAACCCACGCACACUUCUCUCUCUGCGCGCACAUUGGAUAGUACACCGCGCGCAUCAAACUUUUAAGAUCUAGAACAUGAAAUAAAUGGAGUAAGAAGAUAAAAAUUUAAAAAUGUCGGUUAGAGUUUGCAAAAACAGCCAGGAAACUAAAAUAAGAACAAUACAUCCCAAGGAUGAGAAAAAAAUGAAGAGAGGAAUGAUUUUUCAUCCAACAUUAGGUUACGCAAUUCCUCCGCCAAUUCCAGUGUCCGUAGCACGGCGGAAUGCAAGAGAAAGAAGUCGGGUGAAGACGGUUAACGGCGGUUUUGAAUGUUUACGCCAACAUGUCCCCGCCGCCGCCAGAGCUAAGAAAAUAUCAAAGGUUGAUAUAUUGAAGCACUCUGUAUCAUAUAUUCGAAACCUACAAAAUAUUCUGGAUGGAUAUCAGAGUUUUACAAGUAAUCUAAGCUCAACGAAGGAACAUUCCUCCGACAGAAACUCUGGGAAAGGAUCGGACUCAGACCCUUCUAGUUCUCUCGGAGAAGCGCUCAGCGCUGCGGACAUAUUUGCAUCCUUAGAGGAGUCCUGGACAGAGGAGAAUACUAGAUCUCCUUCUCCUGCUCUCUCAUCCUCAUCAUCUGCUCCUUUUCUUACACAAACCUUAAUGUCUUCUCUCCCAUCCAACCUGACCCUGACCUCCCCUACUCCCCUGGCACAAGGAUACGAACCCUCCUCUGAACCCACAACACCAACCUCUCCUGACGCCUCCAUGUUUGAAUGUGAAAGUGGUUAUGGUAGUCCAACCAUCUAUGCUUCUCCGUCCUACCACCAGUCUCCGACAUAUACCCGGAGUAAUUCCGUCCUUUCGACCCAAUUGAGAAGUUCCCAAUCCUUUUCAGCAAUUUCUCCGGCUCUUGCAACUCGACCCAUCAGUGGACGAAACUCAUGUGAGUUUCAACAAAACUCUGGCCUUAAUCAAAACUCUCCGUCUUAUUAUCAAAACUCUAACGCCUACGGAUUAAACUGCAAUCUCGGAGAUAAAUCCUACUCCAGUAUCCAACUCCACCCUUCAACAAGCUCCAUUUCUCCAGCUCCAUAUAAUGGGAUGGAGACGAACCCUUCAAAAACGUAUCCAGGACAAUCCAACUAUAAAACAAGUGCUCUACCAUUGAACAAACAUUUCCGGAGCAAUACCUUGGAUAACUCCAUCCGUCUUCCAGUCUCAUCUGUAAACUGCAAUCAACCUUCUCCCCUCCUUCCAUCCUCACUUCCCCCUACCUCCUCCCCUCUUCAUCCCCCCUCUUCUCUUCAUCUCCCCCCUCCCCUUCAUCUACCUGCCCCCCUUCCAUCCCAUCUCCCCCACAAGCGCCCAUCCUUACAAUUAGAGGGACUAGAGGUAGACGAGGAUGAUUUAUUGGACGCUAUUGCAGAGUGGCAGCAGUCUUGAUUUAAACUUAACCUGAACCAGACUCCAAGAAAGACAUCGAAAGUAGAUGAGAAGAUUUAAGAAGAAGAUUAAAAAAGAACAAAAAUGACGGAAAACUAUCAGUAUACUUGCCCAUUUGUUCAACUACCUCAACCAGCCAUCCUUUCAAUUCGUAAUAACAAACCAUUUUCCUUUCUUCCUUCCUUUCAACUCGAAAUAACAAACCAUCUUCCUUCCUUCCUUUCAAUUCGUAGUAACAAACCAUCUUCCUUUCUUCCUUCCUUUCAAAUCGAAAUAACAAACCAUCUUCUUUUCUCUCUUCACUACAGUUCAGAAUAACAAACCAUCUUCCUUUCUUCCUCCUUUCAACUCAGAAUAACAAAUCAUCUUCCUUUCUUCCUUUUUUUUCAAUUCAUGAUAACAAACCAUUCCCCUUCCUUUCUCUUAAUUCAUGAUAACAAAUCAUCUUCCUUUCUUCCUUCAUUGUUUAACCACCUUUUACUAUUACUUUCUGUCCUUCCCUUUUUCUUUCCUUCUGUAAAAUAAUAAACCACCUUUCUUUCUUCCAUCGGUUUUUUUUAAAUAGCAAAAAGUUUUUUAUGGCAAUAAUUUAUACAUACCUCAUGUUCAAUAGUUUAAAAAACAGGAUUUAAAAAAGACAAUUAAGUGAUAUUGAAUGACAUGAAAAAUCUGAUUUUCCUGAAUGACGUUAUACAUACCUCAUUUUAAAUAAAAAAAGACAUUUAAUGAUAUGAAUGACAAUAAACAAUAAACAAGAAGCAACUACUC